GCAUUAGCCGUAUGUUCAAUGCUAACAACAUUUCUGAAGAAGUUAUGUGUGUCACAUCAGGCUUAUUGUCUGAAGUCUGGCUCCAAAAUUACUUCAACUCCGGCCAUCUAGACACCAAACACUUCUAAUUGAUACCCAAUACCUUCCAAAACAGAAAUGUCAUAAGCUAUAAUCUAAGAAUAUUCAGAAGGACCUUUCAGCCUAAAAUCGGCAAAAAAUAAGAAUAUUUAGCCUGGGCCAAAUAAACAAUAUUCGUACAAAAAGAGUGUAACUCAUUUCAGGCAGUGCUUUAAUACUGGUCAACUCCACUCUGCAUAUCAGUGUGAAUUGUGCAAACACGUGCCACAUCAAUGUUUUGACUCUUUCAAUUUCUUUGGAUUGGGUGUAGAAAGAUUGUGUGACGAACUCAAAGAGAAUGUGCGGAGGAGGCUACAGCAAAGAAGUGCACAAGAUUAAAAGUGAGGAACGAAAAAAAUACAUCUUACUUUGAAAAGUACUGCCACAGAAAUGGUGCCCCAUGAACGAAUCACUCGCUAACGUUAUUUCUAAAGGGCAUAAGCUGCGUCUACCUCUACACUUGCUGUUAAAAAAGAGAACGCGUGAUCGCAGGUUAGCAAAAUCCGGGUCGGGAAAGUUGUCAAGUACUGUAAAAAUAGGUUAUCGACGACAGACGAUCAGACCCGCCUUUCUCUUUCGUAAAAUACAUGGACUCCCGGCGAUAAAAGAAGAGCCUCGUGGUCUCAUCAUAAACACCACCAACAACAAAAUACUCCUGUAAAUACUGCUUAGUAGUUUUUCUUUGAAUGGACACACUCAUCAUCUUCAGGGAGAAUCGUAUUAUUUCAGGAUUUUUGAGUGUUGACAGUGAAAAUAAACGGGUUUAAGAGGUGAGAGAAACACAAGCAAUCAACCGGUCACGGCUUACUUUAACAGGAAGAUGAACAGUGUUUUUUUCUGUAAGCAAUAGAACAACAUUCUUUGCGGUAGAACAACUUUCCCUCUGUUUGCGGUAAAACAACAUUUCCUCUGCGUUAACAUGUGUAAAACAAGUCGUUGCACCUUUUAGAUUGGUCAUCACGAAAGCAUCUUACCACGGAAACUACAACAGAAUUAGCCUGAAGAAUUCUAAAUCAAACAUGGAAAUCUCUUAUCUGAAAACCGUCUCGUUACCGACGGUAAGGAGUUAACGGGCCGGAGAGGAACAAAGAACGUUAUCUUUAGAAACAGAAAAGAACAAGUCUUAUAUCGUGACGUCAGUGAUUCUGAUUGGGUUUCGUAGAGGAUAAACCUGCGUUAUUUGUUUCGAAGUUCGAAUCAGAUCAUAACACAGGAGUAAAACGCGCAUAUCACCAAGAAUCCUAACGGAGAAUAUCAAAGUAAAACUCAGCGUUAAGGCAAGCAAGUAACACUUGAAAUAUCUGUUAUGUCUGGAUGUGAACCCAAAUUCAUUGUUCAGGGUUACUUGUUAGUCCACUCCAGGACUGCCAAAAGCAACAGUACUUGUUGUGAUCUCUAACAAGAAAGAUUUGUUUUUUGCUGUGACUUAUCAUUCACCCAGAUCUUUAGUUAAUAGGCUCUCUGCUUCUUUAAGUCUGAGAGCCAAGAAAUACACGGGCGGGUAUGUAAAUAUAGAUUUUGUUUAGUCGUCUUGACCUUGCCUCUAUUUUCACUUUUAUCACUUCACUCUCCGAUGGCUCAGUAAGACUCAGUAAAAAUCAGUUCUUACAUUGCGGCGGAUGUGUUGACCGUCGUAAAAUCAAGAUUUCGUUUUUCUUCGAGCUAUUUAUUUUAAUUAGCAAAAGCGGAACUGGGAUUUUAGACGUUCGGCUAUUAUGACAACAGCGAUAAAUUGGGCGUCCACACUGACGAGAGUUAACUUUGCUUUAUUCAUCUUUUCCGUUUCUUCAAAAUCUUUUUCCUUGUGUUACCUUUGUGCUAAGUUCUCCUUGGGUGUGGCAUUUUUGUUGAGAUACUCUUUCCUAACUUUUAAUUUCCUGUGUUAAAAGCUUUUAGUACUCCUAGCUUCUCGAAUUAAUAACCUCCUUUUAAAAGAUCCAAGUUUUGGUAAUCGCGUUACAGCUUACAGUCCAGUCAGUAAACUUAUUAAUCGCCUAAAAAUGUCACCGAAAGUCUUUCAGAUGAUCACCUAGAUAAAAGGGAAAAGUUCCGUCCACCACAAAAACACUGUUGUUCGCAAUGAUAGGUAAUCAAUAAAAUUUAUUCACAGGAAAAGACAAAUUCAACUAUUUUAAAAGUCUUUGGCAAACCUAUUUCCGGUUUUGUACUCCUUUUCUAGUCCGACAAAAUCAACACACGCCACCCUGAUUGAAUACACGUCGAAGAAACAAAAGAAUAUCAGCAAAAACCCACUUGAACUUUGGCAAAGCGUGAACGUUUUCACGAUUAGAGCAAAGGAAGUUUUCUCUCGCUGUAGCAUGCGUAUGCUUGAUAAAUUCUCAGAAGGAUUCCUUAGUUCCGGUUUCAUCUGAUACUAGAAGAAUGACGUCACUCGUGUGACUGACCUACAUGCCCGCGCACGUGGAGUCGUGUAUAUAAGAGAGGCGUACUGUGAUACGAGUCCUCAGUAUUCUUUUUCAACCACAGAGGAGUCAUGUGUGAAACGAGUUUAGAGGAGAGCAAUAUGUUUGACAACGAAGUGUGUGAUUUCCUAGACGCUACAAUGGGAGUGGUGGCAGAUUUUGCAUCCAUGCUCGCCAAUGAGUUAGAAGCCCUCGAGGCCUGCUACUGGCUUAAAGCUGCGGGAUUUCCACAGUAUGCACAGGCCUACGAAGAUGGAAAGUUCCCAAUUGACACAGCAUCUGUCAUUAAGGAGCAUCACUUCCUUGAUCAAGAUUCCAUCCAAUCCUUGUACAGGCGUCUUCAAACACUCAAUCGAUGUGCAAAAAUGAACCUGCAUAUUAAGAGUGAUGGUUAUGACUCAGAUGAGGAAGACCUGAUUGCACUAAGUUCACGCUGGAAGCUUCAAAACAAGAAUCGGCGAUGGUCAAGUCGAAGGAAUGGUUCACCUUCACUUUCAAAAGGAAAGACUCCAGGGUUAAGCAGUUCACAUAAUGGAAUAAAUUCGUCAUUGAACAGUGUAACAAACACAAGGCAAAGAUCUUUCCAUAAGAAAGACAGACUUGUACCAGACCAAUUGUCACCUUUUUCACACUUGGAUCUAUGCAUAACACAAGGGAGAGCAAGUGUAUAUGAUAAUUUAUCUCCAGCACUGAGUGUCAGUACACCUUCAAUAUCGAAUGUCGGCAAAGACCUCAACAAGAACGAUGAACUAAAACACUCAAAUAGAACUCAAAAACGAAAUCUUACUAGUAGUGAUUUGGGACUAGAAAGUUAUAGUGCAUCUUCAAAUGAGGAGCUAUCUGACUUAGAACGCGAUGAUGAAAUUGAUGAUUUACCAGGAGAUUUAUCAAUGCUGCGGUCAAUCAGAAAUUCAGAGAGACAAUGCAACAACGAUAUGGCACCAUCGUCAACAGUAACAAGGCCUAAAGUACGGUGGCACAGCUUUGAGAAAACUUCUAAACCUGACAUACGUGUUAUGUCUCCAAAAAUCUGUGACCUGACAGCAGGACAGCUAGCUGUUCUCAGAAAGUAUUCACUUUUGAAGCUCACAGCACUAAUGGAACGACACACUCAUUCACACAGAGGCAUGUGGAACUGGUCCUUUCCCCAUUUCUUAAAGAAACUCAAGUCCCCAGAUUAUAGAGACAGGAAUGUGUUUGGAGUUCCCCUUUCAGUUGUCCUUCAGCGUACAGGUCAACCUCUUCCACAGUCAAUACUCUUUGCAAUCAAUUACCUUCAAAGAUCAGCUGUGGAUGCUGUUGGCAUAUUUAGAAAGUCAGGUGGUAAACAGAGAAUAAAUCACCUGAAGGAGAUGAUCGAAGGAGAUCCAGAUAACACUGACUUUGAAGGCCUGUCACCCUAUGACAUGGCUGACAUGCUCAAGCAAUACUUCAGAGAACUUCCAGAACCCAUCUUGACAUCAAAACUAGCAGAAACAUUCAUAACUAUCUUCUCAAGUAUUCCUUCCAAUUCCAGAAUGGAGGCAAUGCAAGCAGCAAUUCUUCUCAUGCCUGAUCCAAACAGGGAAGCACUACAGACACUACUGUUGUUCUUAAAUGAAGUGGCUGCCAAUUCUGAAAGAAAUCAGAUGAAUGAGAAGAAUCUUGGAGUAUGCUUUGCUCCAUCACUUUUCCAUUUGUGUGGCACCAAAGAGGACCCAUCAUCCCCUAAGCGGCAAAAGAGAACGCCCAUGAACAAAGCUUCCAAAGAACUCACUGAUAACUUGGCUGCACACGAAUGUCUGGCUCAGAUGAUUACCGAAGUCGAUAAGCUCUUCUCGAUUCCCGAAGAUACUGUCAAGAACAGUCGGUUUUCGUACAUCGAGAAAGGCGAACCAGUUUCUUUGGAGCAGCUGGGAAAAUCAAAAUCCAGUCCCGAAAGUGGCUAUCAGACUUACAUCGAGUCGUGCAUUGCUGGACUGCUCAAGGAAGCGAAAGACAAAUUCAAGGGUUGGGUGUCGCAACCAUGGUACGACAGCUCGGUAGAGAUUUCCUACAAGAAAGUCAAAGAUGGUUACCCGCUUAGAUUGUGGAGAUGUGUUGUCGAAGUCAAUGCUAGUCCUGAUGAUGUCAUACGGAGAAUUCUCUAUGAAAGGCAUCUCUGGGAUGAAGAUUUGGAAUCAUGGGAUAUGAUCGAGAAAAUCGAUGAUCACACAGACGUCUUCUUUUACACCACAAAGUCCAUGAUCCUGCAACCGAAACGUCAACACGUGGUGCUGAGGUCAUGGACGGACCUCGAACGAGGUGUCUGUGCGCUGGUGUCCACAUCUAUUAAUCACCCCCGAGCCCCUCCCAGCAAUGGAGUGCCUGCUAUUGUACUCGCAUCAAGAUACCUUGUAGAACCUUUGGAAAACGGAAAAUCUCGGCUAACUCAUAUAAGCCGUGUGGAUCAAAGGGGUAGAACACCAGAGUACUACAGCAAAGCCAUCGGGCCCUUCUUGGCUUCGUCAGUGGCCAAGGUACGAGACACCUUCCAGUACGGAUCAGACGGCCCCGAAACAAAAGUAUAGGAAACCCUAUGGCUGCCCGAAUGGCAGGGUAGAAUCACCAAUGCGUGGCCAUGAACACACCACGAUACAGUUAUGGUAUUCAUGAGUGAGCUCUGAGAACCAACGACAAAUUGAAAGCCCCAAAAUGUCACGAAACCAGGAUGCCCUAUUGGAACACUUCUGUACCAAGAUUUGAGAGCGACGCAUGCUUCUCCCCUGCUUGGAAUUGGGUGACGACUCUAGCGGGUAGCCUCCAAAAAUCAUACCUGCGACAAAAUGGACUUGUUCUCUGAGAGAACAUAAUUUUUAAAAGGAAGAUGUACAGAGUAUUUAAAAGUUUUCAUACGUAAUUCACUCGUGUAUUCACGUCCAAUCGCUCAGUUCAUUGUCACGUGAACAUUUUUAAAAGUGAAAUUCUGAAACAGUUCGUAGGUGAUUAUGUGGUAAAGACAUUUUACGAAGAACGUUCAAGUCUUAUUUAUCAGUCGCACUGUGGCAAAAUAAGCCGGAAUUCGAAGCCAAAUUGAGAUAUAUUUUCUAGGUCUUUAGAUAUUGGCUUCAUUUGUCAAUUUUAGUUAAACGUUUUUAUUGCAGUUUUUUGAUAAGGUAAAUUUUGUAAGAUGAUAAAUUCCAUUUUCAGCAUAAUAUGUGAAUUAUGCUACGGCUCUUCCACUGUUAAUUUAUUACCCCUUGCGAUGAAUUAUCCACAAAUGUCUAAUAUAUACGAUGCAUAUCUAUUUUGACAUAAAAAAUGCGCUCACAGAUCACGGAAAAAAAGAGAAACCACUGUAAAAUUGGUUCUAUAAUAAACACAAUUUUGAAACCA